AUGAUUUACUUUUUUUCUUUUUCUUUUCUCUCUUUCUUCCUGCAUGCAUUUAUUUGGGCUGCAUGCAUCGCACACGUGGUCAAAAGUGCGGUGCUGGAAUUACGGUUUGGGGUCUCGAUGGGAAAAAUGGAAUUUCACACACUCGAUUUCCGCCGAAAGAGCCCGUACGAGGAGCACGUUGUAUGGGAAGAGCUGGAUGCGCUACGCGACACCGUAGCGUUUUUGAAACAGCGGCAGGAACAGCAGGCGGCGCAGUGGCGUGUGAUGUCCGAAGAGCAGCAGAAGCACUGCACGGACCUGGCGUCUAUUUACCAACAGCUUCAGGAGCUGCUGCUCUCUGGCAGCGAUGCGGAGGGGAAGAAGCAGAGCGGCGAUGCGGUGACGGCAUCACAGGAAUUCCUCAGAAGUGAGGUCUGUGACUUGCUGCAGAACUUUAAACACCAUAUUGAGCGGCACACGGCGGAGACGGCCCGGAGGCUCGACGGCUUCCAGAGUUCCCUGGAGGAGAUACAGAAGAAGGUGGAACAUGACAAUUGCCGCGCCGCACGUCAAGAGGAGCGUCUGAUGCAGCUGGAAGAACAGCAGAGGGAUAUGUUGCGGCGUAUGUCUUUUGUUUCAACGCUGGAAGAUCUGGAGCAACUCCGCGUGACAUUUACACAACAACUUCAUUCCCUGCAGGAGGAUACCGCUGCCACCAUAAAACGUCACAUGGCGAGUGUUGAUGAACGCUGUGCAACACAUGAGGUACGAUGCCGUGAGGAGCAAUUAAGUUUUCAGCGCGAGACAGAUCAAUCUAUAGAACAGGUCACGCACUUGCUGCAUGACCAAAUCGAGGCUCUUUGCAGUGAAUUGAAAACACAUGCGUCAUCGAUAGACGUCAAAACGUCCAACUUUGAGGAACAAACGAGGUGCGAGAUGAAGGGGAUGCUACAGACGCAUUUGGAAAAGACAUGCGAACAGGUUCAGGAGGUACAUCAAGAAUUGAGUAGUAAACAUCUGCAACUUGUUGAGGACACGAUGGAAGCAGUAGAGAAGAUCGUCCACGUAAGUGACGAUCUACCACGAAGGGUGUCUUUAUUGCAGGACGAUAUCGCUAACAUCCAUGACACUCUGCACCGUCAUGGAGAGAUACUCAAUGAACAGUGCCUUCAGGGUUCGCUGCAGGGUGCAUUUGACGAGGUGAAAGACUGGUUGCAGGAUCUUGAAUCUCGGGUGUUGAGUCGUGGUGAGUUUGACGAAGUGCUGGCGAGUGUUGACCGCAAACUUGCCGCACUGAAACGAGAAUUUAUUCUUUACAUUCCUGCUAAGCAUCCGGCAGGUCAAAGCAUAGAGGACGAAGGUGUUAGUUUUGUAUCCACCGCUGCUGGUGUUAGUGGUGGUGGUCGGCAGCCGAGCGAGCGAGGGAGUGAGAAGCGAGGAGGCAUUAUUUAG